UGAACAGGAAGAUUAUAUCAGUCCCUUUUCUGUGUUGUGAAACCAGUUAAUCUGAAAAGUUCUUUUCACAGCCCUGUAUCAUCUGUUUGCCGCCCUAAACGAAGUGAGUCUUACAAUGAGGUAAAUGCAAAAAUGAAGGAAAUUCUGUUAUUAAUAUUACUAAUAUUAUAGAGGAACACUUGUCAUUCAUUAACAUUUUCAGCAUGGUGAUUGUGAUGUCAUAUAUGACUUCUAACACAUUCAAAGUGCAGAGAUCUUCUUCAAUUGCCUCUGAAUUAUUAACAUUUAUAGGCUUUCUUUACUUCAGUUCCAUUAAGGUUAAUAACUUUUUAUUUUAGUAGUUUUUGUCACUGUUUUUGUUAGACGUUACUCUUACUUACCGUACUCAUUUGUCUUAAACCUGUAUUAACAUCUGCAUUUCUAAGAGGUUAAAAAUGUACCUACUCUUAAAUAUCUUAAAUAUUCUUAAUUUACCAUGAGGAUGUUUUGCUGGUGUUUUUAAGAAUGCUUAACAAAUCUGUGUCACGGGUCGACACAUACCUUUACUUUCUUGAAAUUAAAAGUAAUUUGAGAAAAGUAUCUUUGUUAAGGUGAUAUUUCAUUUUUUUGCUGUUUUCCAUAGGUAAAGUAUUUUAGCAAAAUUGUAUUUGGAACUUCCAGUUUGCUGUUGAACAGUAAGAUUUUGACCAACAUCCAGUUAGGGAACUGAGAGUAUACUUGAGAGUACAUACAUACUGGAAAGUGAACAAACACUGAUGCAUUUAUACAGACGUUGCAUAUCUAUGUAAAAGACUGUUAUAGAACUAGACAGAUAGAUCUAUAAAAAUAAAUUUGUAAAAGGACAAGGAAAUAAAUGUUGAAUAAGAAAGUGAAAUAAAUACAAAUAAAAUAAAAAAUAAGGAUAAUAAAUUUAAAAUAUAAGAAUAAGUUAAUUGAUGCUUUCCUUUAUUGCUUUUACUUUUACCAUAUUGGUUUUAUUUGUCGUAUUGCUUUCAAUUUUACUGUAUUGCUUUUAAUCUUACCUUAUUGCUUUUAAUUUUUCCUGAAGGGAAAGCUGUCAAUCAACUGGCUUUGGGCGGCCCCAAGCAAUUAAAUUGCAUAAAUUUUUAGAGGAGUUUGAUUUUUCUUAGCCCCCUUAUUUAAGUUAUAUAUCUUGUUUAUAAAACUUCACCUCUAAAGUUUUCAUGAUCCCCCUUGUUUCCCUUUUUUCCUGCUUUUGUUUCUUGUUCUCUAUUAUUUUUUUAUUUAUUAUUAUUUUUUUUAAUAUAUAUGUUUAGUUACAAUUAUUGUUGGUUUGAUUGUUAAAUACCAACUUCACCGUUGGAAUGAUGUAUUUUCUUUAAAUUAAGGUAAAAGAAAAAGGAGGUGUGACAUAAUGUGAUGAAAGACACUGUUUCGCUUGUCUAUUUGAGAUUGUCAUUGUCAUUGUUCUAAAUAAAGUUUAUCGAAAAAAAAAAAAAAAAACUGGCUUUGGGCGGGCCUUCCUGUCCAGGCUGAGUAGUCAGUAGGAGGUAUGCAAGUGACAUCACAGCAGGCAGAAUAUACUCUGGUUACACCUACUCAGUGGCAAAAAAACUGCAGCAGCAUUAGCAUUCAGCUUGAAUACUGUGAAAACACAUGGAAAAUAGGACAGAGCUGUUAUGUGAUUGAUUGUACAGAAUGAUUUAACCAGAAAUCAGAGCUAUCUUUUUACAGACUGCUGAAAACUAAAGAAAAGAAGCAAAUGGAUCACUGCAAUAUGCAACAACAACAUGAAUCUAAGCUCCGAAAAGUGGAUUUGUGGUUGUCAUUUUAUGUCAGUUAUGUUGGAUUAUUUCUCUAAAUACAAAUGUUAUUUAAACAAACAGAUUCUGCUUCUGGCCGGUCAGCAUAUACACAUACUGUAGAUGGUGUCAAGCAUCACAACUUCCCUUCAGCUGAGAUGACAUAGAAAGUCAUGAUUGGGGCUGACAGAUUGAUUUUCCUUGGCUGGUUGCUGCAAGGGGCUCUGUGCAGUACCUGGUCAGCCCAGAUGCCUCCGAACAUACAAGCUCUGCAUGGAUCCUGUGUGCUGAUUCCCUGCACAUUCCAGAUUCCAUCUAAACAGGAAAACAAUCUGAAAGCCCCAGUCGGAAUGUGGUGGUCAAAUAAAGGGGCCCCUAAUGCGAAAAUUGUGUUUUUUUCCAAUAAAACACAGAAUGACAUUCAGGGAAAUAUAACUGGGAAUUUAUUUAAGAAGAACUGCACCACAGUCCUGAACAAUAUUCUGAUGAAAUGGACUGGUAACUUUUCCUUUAGGAUUGAAGGCAACAAUCCUCUUAAAUAUAAUUUUAAUGACAAGGUGAAAAUUGAUGUUAAAGACUCCCCACCCAGCCCCCAGGUCACCAUAAACAGGGACAUCAUGAAGGAGGGGGACUCUGUGACUCUGAGGGAGGGGGACUCUGUGACUCUGAGGGAGGGGGACUCUGUGACUCUGACCUGCUCGGCUCCAGCUCCCUGUCCAUCACUCCCCCCGACUCUGUCAUGGACCCCCAGGCUGAGUGACAGUGUCACUGUAUUUCAGGAGAAUGAUGAUCACACUAAAAAUGGAUCUUCUGUUAUGACCUUUACUGCCUCACAUCUCCUCCAUAAGCAGGAAGUCAAAUGUACAGCAGUUUACAGACUCCAAGCAGAUAACAGUGAGAGGACAUCCCUCACAAGUGUAACUCUAAAGGUUCUCUAUUCUCCUAAAAACACUUUGGUGUUAAUUGGAAAAGACGGGAGUCUAACCUGCAGAAGUGAUGCCAACCCAGCAGUGAACAAUUUCACCUGGUAUAAAGUGAAUGGGAGUGAAAUUGAAGUUGUUUCAUACACACAGAGCCUCACCUGUAAUAUCACUGAGGUCAGUGGACAGUAUUACUGUCAGGCUCAGAAUGAACACGGCCUGCAGAAUUCAAGCACCGUGCAGCCUCACUGUGAAUCUGUCAAAGCUCCGCCCACUUUGAUUGGUGCUGUUGCAGGGGCUGCUGGGAUAAUUCUCACCUGCAUCAUAUUGACAAUUAUUAUCAAGAAAAGCUGCACCACACAGAAUCAUCGCAGUAAGACACAGGAAACAGGAGAAUUAACAAUGACAAACCAGUGUGAAAAUGACACUCCAGUCGUCUAUGCCAGCAUUGAACACAACAGAGAGACUGAACAGGGGACAGGAACCAUCCGAGGGAGCUCACAGAGCACUGAGUAUGCGGAGGUCAACCUGAAUACUCGGAAAGAGCAGGAAGGAACAGAUAUGAAGUCUGAGGUCCAGGAGGAACAGGAGCAGCAUGUCAAUGUCUUGGGGAUCGAUCCUGGACCCAGUGAUAAGAGGAAGGAAACCCAGAAACCUGGUAGUGGAGAUGUGUCUGGAUGUGGCUUCAGAGCCCAGGAAUCUACAGAGACCCAGAAGAGAAAAACUGAAAUUGCGGUGGAACAAGAGACCAUGGAGGACAGGAAGAGCUCAGGGCCGGAUGACCAGCUGAACACACCUGAACCAAAGGAGGAGGCAACAUAUGGGAACAUCUGCCAUCAGCUGGGCACCAAAGGUCCAGAUAAGAGGUCUGCUACAGUGGAAGCUUCUGGGAAUAAGCAGCAAAGAGGUGCUUCUAAGGGUCAACAAGAUGAUUAUGUUAUUGUUUUAGAAGAGAGGGGAACCAAUGAGAGUGAAUAUGCAGUGGUGAAGAAGGACAAAAUUAUGCAGUAGAAAAUCCAUCCAAACUGGUUCAUGGUAUUCAGACAAUGGGAGUGAACUGUUACACUGUAUGUGUUUUGAAAAUACUGAAAUGGGGAAAAAAGAAAUUGCAUAUUUCAGUUAUUUGUGGAAAUUGUAAAGAAUUAUAUCCCAUUUAUGCAAUACAUUGUUACUGCUUUAUUGGUUUUAUAUUUUUUAGCAAUACAUUUUUUUAGUUGUCGUAACAUGCUGCAAACUAGCUGGAACCAGCGUCUAAAGUAAAAGUAAAAUUAAUAGCCACCAAACCAGAAAAAAUAAUAUCCACAAAAUGAGGAAGUGCCAGCAGUUAAUG